AUGGGUGAAGGCAAUGCUACGGCGGAAGAUGGUGAGUUUAGUGUCAGAAUGGAAUUUGGUUCGAGAGAGUUGGUGAUUUCUGCAAUCAAAAGCUACACUAUCUCUAGAGGAGUUGAUUAUACUGUGUAUGAGCUUGAGUUGCAGACAUUCUAUGCGAAAUACAAGGGUUAUGGUGCAGGGUGCGAUUGGCUUAUUCGAGCUAGCUUGAUUCGAAAAAAAGCUUGUUGGGAGAUCAGAAGAUACAAUGGAAAACACACGUGCACCAUCGACACGAUUUCACAAGAUCAUGCCAAGUUGGACUCAGAUAUAAUUGCAGAGGCUAUUAAGCCGUUGGUCGAAGCAGACCUGUCGAUAAAGGUGAAGUCUAUUAUUGCAGAAGUUCAAUCCAGAUUCAACUACAUUGUAAGUUACCGCAAGGCUUGGUUGGCAAAGCAGAAAUUUGUCGUAAAAGUUUUUGGUGAUUGGAAAGUUUCUUACCAGACUUUGCCAAUAUGGUUGAAAGCAAUGACUGCGAAGAUGCCAAGGUCUCGUGUUCAAAUUAAAACUCUCACCGUUUACCGUGAGAGUGAGGAGGUUCAAGGUGUAAGAGUACUGCACCGCAUUUUUUGGAGAUUGUAUCCGUGUAUUGUAGCAUUCAUACACUGCAAGCCACUGGUGCAGGUUGAUGGCACACACCUGUAUGGAAAAUAUAAAGGUGCACUUCUGGUUGUGGUUGCACAAGAUGGGAACUAA